GUGAUGGGGUCAUGAAGCGUGCGAAUGGCGGUUGGUGGCCGCAGCGUUGCCUGGCGCUGGAUUUAUGGCUGGUCUGUGAGGCUAGCUGUCGAUUUUCUGUUGCUUUUUCAGUCCAGCGGGGUUGUUAGUAGUAGGUCACCUUUAAAUGAUCUAUUUCCAUACCAUCCCUUGGAGCAUGGAUCUCAACAUACUCACAGAUAUGUCAGAGAUUGUCAGCCUAUAGUUUUUGGAAAUGUGACACAUGAAACUUGGCCUGCUGAUAAAUCUACAAACCUCCCUGUAACUAGAACUACUGUAUUUGUUUCAAACUUUCCAAUUGAUGGAGGAAAGCUUAAAGCUGUUACUGGCCACCUCACAUUUGUGAAUAAUCCUUUGAGAACUGUCUCAGUUUUAGAACCAUUAAAAUCAGGUGGAUGCAGUGAGUCUUAUAGAGCAACAGUACAGGAAACUAUAAAAUCCAAAACGUGUUUGGUGGCUCAGAAUGGUGGAUUUUUUGACAUGGACACAGGACGUUGCUUGGGUGCAGUAGUGAGUAAUGGAAAACUGGUACAAGAUGGAAAAGGCAUUCAAAAUGCACAAUUUGGGAUUAAGAAGGAUGGCACAUUAGUAUUUGGAUAUCUGUCAGAAGAUGAUGUCAUGAAUAAGGAAAACCCCUUUGUUCAACUAGUGACUGGAGUAAUAUGGCUUCUGCGAAAUGGCACCAUUUAUAUUAACGAGAGCAAAUCAGCUGAGUGUUCGGAGACACAGGAAACAGGAUCUUUUGAAAGAUUUGUUAAUGUGGUGUCUGCCCGAACUUCUAUAGGACAUGAUAAAUAUGGGAGGCUUGUUUUGUUGCAAAUCGAUGGACAAACUGACCUCAGAGGACUGAGUUUGUGGGACGUUGCAAGGUUUUUAAAGGACCAUGGAGUUAUUAAUGCCAUUAAUUUGGAUGGAGGAGGGUCAGCUACUUUGGUACUCAAUGGAUCUCUUGCAAAUUAUCCAUCAGAUCACUGCUCAUCUGAUCCUAUGUGGCGCUGCCCUCGGGCUGUUUCCACGGUCGUGUGUGUUCAUGAACCUGAAUGUGCGCCUCCAGACUGCAGUGGCCAUGGAGAUUGUUUACUCGGAGAUUGUUACUGUAGAGGCUUUUGGUCUGGCCCAGCUUGUAACCUCCUUAACUGUGGGCCUUCAAAUUGUUCUCAACGUGGAAUCUGUUCUGAGCAUGGAUGCCUUUGUGAUGCUGGGUGGAUGGGACCCAAUUGUAGUGAUGUAUGCCCUGAUCGUUUCUAUGGCGAUGGGUGUAGCCAAAAAUGUCACUGCAUAAAUGGUGGGAUUUGUGAUUCUAUACAUGGUACUUGUACCUGUCCAUCUGGUUAUUAUGGAGACUUCUGUGAACAAGUGUGUCCCAUGGGCUGGUAUGGAUUGAGCUGUCAACAGGCUUGUCAUUGUCCAAAGAUUUGCUCCUGCCAUCCAGUGACUGGAAGUUGUAACGUUACACAGGACUCCAAGUUUAGUAACACCUUAUACAGAGUGGAUCAGUGCCUCAGAUCACAGAUGUCUGAAAUGUGGAAGAACCAGCAUGAAGUUAAAGAGAAAGCUUGGAUAAUCAUAUUGAUCACCCUUCUCGUCCUUUUAAUCCUGAGCAUGGCAGGAAAUAUUUUUCAAUAUUGUCAAAAAAAUGGUUGUUCUGGAUUCCGCAGUGAGUACUCCUAUCAACGAUUGAAUGCAUCUAAUGGACAAUUAACUUUUAUGGACUUCCCUGAAAUUAUCCCAUUGAAACAGACUAAUUCAUCUAUUGAAGAAGACAGAAGCUCAGAACCUAUGAAUUUUUAACAACUUUAUAUUUGCAUGUGGAUACAAUCUCUACUGCUGCCUUGUUUUAUUUCUAACAAAGAGCAGCUGAAUUUGUUUUGAAUAAGGAGAACCUGAAUGGGUUUCCUGUGAACUAUAUCUACAGCCAGUUGUCACCUAGACAUCAUCCUCAGGAAUUGCAACACUGUGAAAGAAAUGUACUUCUGCAUGUGAGAGAAUAACUUGAAAUAAUAUCAAAAUACACUAGAAUUCAUUUGCCACGUUUCCAAUCAUAAAAUCUGAAGAUAUAUUUUUGGCAAGAUGGUUUCCUUUCACAUCUUUUAUUUUGUACCAUAAUUUUGUUUAAUGUGACCAAAUACAUAAACUUAACUUAUAUUCCAUAAACUUUAAAUAUUCAGGGUGAUUUGAUCUAAUUUUUCAAGAUAAUAUGGUGAACUGUUCAGGUUAAUUGGUAGAAACUAUUUGGGACUAUCAGUCCCAAUAGCUGAUUGGGACGUCUCCAACAAGGAGAGCAUAGCCUAAAAUUUAGAACUAAACCUUUCAGGUAAACUUAGGAAGCAUUUCCAUAUGCCAUGCUUGAGGUUUGGAAGUCUUGCCUACAAAUAACAAUUGAUACAAGGUCAAUUGUUAAUUUUAAGUCUGAAUUGAUUUUUGUUAAGAAAAGGAUAUAGGGAAAUUUUGAAUAUAUGGAGUUAGGUUACAAAUCAGCCUUUGAUUUCACUGGAAUAAAUUAAAGGGAUUAACUGGUUUAGUCCUCUUAGUGUUUUUAAUAAAUCGCAGGUAUUCAUAAAUUAACGAGAUGCUUUACCUGUUAAAUCAAUACUGUACUUGUGACAUGGGAAUCAGAAUUAAAUGUAUGGUUUGACUACUGCUCAUGCAUGUCAGCUGAUUCUGAAUGCAAUUCGCCAAACUGGUGAUUUGGGUAAAUUCUACAUCAGCAUUUGUUCUUCAUCUCAAAGGACAGCUAAAUUCCCACAUUAACAACAUUUUUAAAAGCGUUUGGAGAAAUACAUAGAUAGAAAAGGUUUAGAAGGAUAUGGGCCAAGUGCAGGGAAGUGGGGUUAGCGUGGCUGGACAUUUUGGUUGGCAUGGAGCAGUUUGGGCCAACGGGCCUGUUUCUGUGCUGUAGAAAUCUGUGACUCUGUGGUGUAAUUACUGUAUAUUUAUUACAGACGGUUAAAAUUAAGUUUAAACUUUUUUCUAUACUGCCUGUUCUUGGAACGUACUGAUGAAUGGGGUCUUGACUUCAAGCAGUUAAGGCAACUUAAAACUGAAAUUGGUAUCAAUCUAAGAACUUGCUCAAAGUAUUGCUGACUGGAGUAAACAAAAUGCAAUGCCCUUGCUUUGCCUCCAGAUUUUUACACUGUUCUUUGGAAAACACAAUUCCUUCGCACUUAAUGUUCUUGGGCUAUGCAAUGGGACAAAGUACGAUAAAAUUGAUAUUUACCAUUGCAUGUCCAUUUGCUUUCAAAAUAUUUUAUCUGCUGAUUGCGUAUUCUUACAUUAUACAGCAUUCUUGGCAUAAGUGGUUCCCAAGAUUCCAUCAGUUCUGCUCUGUAAAUGAUAAUGCCAUAAAUGAGACUAACAAAGAUGGAUGUGCUUGUGAUUUUGCAAAGUAUCACCUCAUCAAUUCUUUGGCUUAUGAUGCUGCAUGAGAGUAACAUUUACACACACAAUUGUGGGCACCACUUCAAAUCCUAUUUUGUUGCUAAUGGAUGAUUGAGAGUGCCAAAUAUUUAACUGCCAUAUAAAUCUUUCUCUGGAUGCCAAUGAAGUUUUUCUUAAAUUAUGCCUUAAUUGAGAUUAAGGUGAAAUCAUGGAGCCAUUUUGGCUGAGUCAGCUAUAUAAAUUUUGUGCUGUAGAGAGGAAGCAUAGAUUUGAAAGUCAAAUUAACAAUGUGUUGGUUGAAAAGAUGUUGCUCUUGUAUCAGAUUAUGAAUGACAAAAGUCUUCUAUCGAUCUGCAUUUCAUAAUGCACUUUAGUAUUGUUCUCAGCUGGGAUUUAUCAAGUUAUUGGUUUUAAUUUUAAAAUGUUAGAUUUUCAUCUGUCAGUCUGGAAUGUAAUUUUUUCAAAUGUUGUUAAAUAAUUCUUGUGCUAAGUUCUGACUUUUUCAUAGAGCCUGUUGAGAAAUUUACAUUAUUGCUGUAACCUGCAAUCUAAUCAUGGUGAAUUUGACUUGGAAAGUGGUUGCCUACUUUUAUCUAAUGGAAUGAAUGGCAUAAAUUCCCCAUCUUGCUUUCAUAACAUCCACAAUUCAUCCAAUUUGUUAACCUAUCCACUUGACUUGGCUAAGCAAUUGUUGUGGAUUCUUUUUAUUCUUAAAGAUACACAAAUACAAUAUUUGUUUUAAUUGGGAGAUCAUGUCCUUGAUUUCUACUUUUAAAAUUCCAAUCUUUACCACUCUCCACUGAGAUUACAAGAUCACAAAACACCUUCCUUACAAAAGACUUAUUAAAAUAUAUUGAACUUUAAA